AUUUAGAUAACGUCAAAGGAAUGAAUAUAAAAAAUUCAAGAUCGUUAGUUUCUAGAAUCACAUUGUUUUGUUUUGAUCAAGAACAAAUUCAAUCAUUUCUUAUUUACAAUUAUUUAGAUUUUAAAUAUUAUAAGAUUAUUUUAUAGAAGACUAAAGGAAAUAAAAUUUUCUUAUAUAUAAAAAUUUUGUAUUCAGAUUUUAAACGAGCUGAAUGAAUGAAUCAGUUAUGAUUCUAUACAUAAAUAAAUAAAAUAUUAUUGAAUUUUUGUGUACGUGUGAAUCAAUUCAAUUAAUUAAACAAUAUUCAUAAUGAAUAUUGUUCGAAUUAAUUCGAGAAAUGUGAUUUUUAUUCUUCUGGCGAUUUUUUCGACUACUGUCAAACAGGCUCAUAUGGGUUAUGAGACUGCAAUUAAAUAUGCACAAAGAGAAGCUAAUGUAAACUCUACACCAGCAUAUAGUAGUACAAAGGAAGAAAUUUCAAGAUUAUGUCCAAGUGGUAUUACUUGUUCACAAUUAAGUGGAGAUUGUAUAAAAUGUAAUUUAGAUCCUAAUUGUGUAUAUGGAGCUGUAUAUGUUGCUAAUUGUUCUGUUCUAGAACAUAUUGAUUGUGUUGGUGAGCAAUCUUUUCAAAAGAAAUAUAUAUGUCGUUACUGUUAUCAAACAGAACAUUGGGAGCAUGAAUGCCAUCAAAAAAAUUCUUGUAGUUCUGUUGCUUCUCCACGACAAUAUUAUAGAACAAAUUGUACAGUAAAUGGUGAUAUAUUAUGUCUAGGAAGACGUAAAUUUAUGAAAAAUUUAUUAUGCAAUUGGACUGUGGGAUAUCGUUGGUCUACUGCUUUAAUUUUAAGCAUCACAUUAGGAGGCUUUGGAGCUGAUCGAUUCUAUUUGGGUCAUUGGCAAGAAGGAAUUGGUAAAUUGUUUAGUUUUGGAGGACUUGGAGUAUGGACAUUAAUUGAUGUAAUGCUUAUUUCUAUGAGAUAUUUAGGUCCAGCAGAUGGAUCAUUAUAUAUUUAAAUAGAUUUAAAAACAAUCAUAUUGUAUAUAAAAAAAGGAGAAAAAUUUAUAAUUUCAACAUUAGUUUUAUAUAUAUAUAUAUUAGUUAUUCAGUCAAAUAGUAGUAUUUAAAUAAAAUAUGAGAAUUUUAUUUAUCACUUUUCAAAGAACUGAAUUGUAAUGUGAUAUGUACAUACAUAAAUCAUUAAAUAGAGACUUUCAUAAUCAUAAAAU